CCACGGGAAAACCAGAAGGAUUCAAUGGAUGAGCAGCAUUGGCCAGAAACACAGCCAGUGAUUUGGCAGAAUGAAGAAAGAAGGAGAAGUAAACAAAUUAGAAGAGAGUAUUUCAAGUAUAAGUCUUCCAGAAAGAGUUCAAGUGGAAAUGAAAAUGAGCAAGACAGUGAUAAUACUAAUGUGUCCCCACAGUCUCCUGUGUCGUCUGAGGAUUAUGAAAGAACAGAUAGUAAUGCUCAUGGUCCAUUUGGUCUCAAACCAAGGUCAGCUUUCAGCCGUGCAUCUCGCCAGGACUAUGGUGCAGUGGAUCCUGGAUUUACAAUGAGGAGAAAAAUGGAGCAUUUAAGGGAAGAAAGGGAACAGAUAAGACAACUUCGCAAUAAUCUUGAAUCAAGGUUAAAAGUAAUUUUGCCAGAUGACAUUGGAGCAGCAUUGAUGGAUGGAGUAGUUCUUUGCCAUUUAGCCAAUCACAUAAGGCCACGUUCUGUUGCCAGCAUUCACGUACCAUCGCCAGCAGUGCCUAAACUCAGUAUGGCAAAGUGCCGAAGAAAUGUUGAAAACUUUCUUGAUGCUUGUAAAAAAUUGGGCGUUCCACAGGAGAGACUUUGCUUGCCUCAUCACAUUCUGGAGGAGAGGGGUCUGGUGAAGGUUGGCCUCACAGUUCAAGCUCUGCUUGAAUUGCCAGCAUUGAAAGUAUCUCAGCUUUCCUCCAUCUGAUAUGACUUCUUGGAAGCUAGACAACUUACCAUUUGAUCUGUUGAUUUGGAUUGCUCUGAGGCAGUUCAGCUUCCUACAUGGGAACAUCCAAGCCAUCAAAAACUAGUAUCUGUCCAGAUGCUGUAGAGAGCCUUACUUUGGAGUUGUACGUGAAAACCUUGGAGUCAGCUGACAGUUAAAAGAACAUAAUUAUUCUUUUUGUCUUUUGUAAUUGGAUGCACAAAGAGAUUGUGGUAGCAUCAGGUUCUCUUUUCAGUUAAUUUAAGUUAAAAGCUGCCAUUUAACAUCUCACAGUGUUACAGUUAAAUGCUGGAUUUCUUUUCUUACAUUGAAAAUGUUGUUUGAAUUAUUUUAGUAGUACAAAGCACGCCCCCCCUCACUUUAAUCUUUCAAGUCAAUCAUUUGAUUUA